AUGAGUGACUUAAAUUUUGAGCGACCUUUCUUUAUGGAGUUCGGUGAUUUUAAGAAUGGUUACAACCGUGAAGAGGCGGAGGCAGGCAUAAACGAAGCCAUUCGGAAGCAAAGGAAGCUGCGACUUCAGUCCCACGUGGAAGGAAUCAUGUUGGGUUGUGGCAUUGGAGAAGCAGCGAAGCAGAGUGUGCACAAGGGUGUUUACAAACCACAAACCACAAUAAAUCCUUCUCUGUUGUGCGAAGAAGACGCACAACCAUCGGCUGGGGGCGACGAAGUCAACAGUAAUAAUGGGGGCUCUCGACCUUGUCCACCACUGGACGGUGCCGCACUUCUGGAAACAUCACCAUCUGCGGUGAUGAAGGACUUCGCGACCGUUGACGUGCAGGUUGAAACGCUGCAAGAGGUUGCUGAGCAGCUUGACCAAAAUAUACGGGUUGCAAGGGAACGGAUCGGACAGGGAUGUGCACCAUUUACCUUCGAGGAUGUUUUGGAGGCACUUACCAUUGUUCUUACGGUGGUGGAGAAGGGGGAUCCGACCGUUAAAGUUUUACUCCCAAUCCAACCGGAGGGAAGCGAACCAUUGGAAGGUGCGGAGGAGGUUGCGGAUUUUGCAUAUUCCAACAUCGUACCACUCACUGUGGCUCUCUCGAGCACCAUUUAUGCCACCGAAUGGAUGUUACAAUAUACCUUGACAUUCAUCAACUCCAUCGGAGUGGAAACGGAGGAGGAAGCCCAACUCCACUUGGAACUUCGCGCCCGUUGCGUGCGUCUUUUGGGAGAGAUUAACCGGUUCACUGCCUUCGCUAUAGCCUUCAAGAUGAAGUGCGAAAUGUAUGUUGCCUUUGACGAUCUACGAAACGAGACGGAGUUCAAUAUUGGUGGUAUUUUGGAUAGUGUUGAGGAGGACCUGAAAGAAACAAUGCAGCUGCAAUUCCCACGGAGACGUCGUAGGGUACUAAAGGUGCAGCGGAGCAUCUUCAAGCGUCUGCAAAGAGCUCUGGUGUUGCUUCACGAACUGGACACGUGUUGGACCCCAGUCAUGAUGCUACAAAAGGUGUGGAAAGAUGAGUUUCUCGCAGAGUCAUACGAAAGGAUCUACACAAUCAUUGCUCCAACUUUCUUUUCAGCCACAUUGGGCUUCGUUGACUCUUCGCUUUACAUUGAGUCCGACUCCAGUAAUAGCGUUCCUGAACCGAACAACCCGUCAUGUCCAAUUCAACGUGCGCCUUCCCAAUGCAGCAUCAGUCGUCACGGUCGGCAAGUUGGUAGUGCAAAACCACGCGUGGUCGCAGAACGUCAGUCAAAGAAGCUGGUUCUCGGACAGGUUAAGACCCUUCGCGUGGAGGAGAAGAGGAGCUUUGAGAAAAUCUCUUACUUGGUUAAGGGCACGGUGAAUAGGACGGUUGGGAUGCAGUUGUGUCUAGGGGCUCGAUACUCACUUGUCGAGUUCGGCGAGGAACACGACAAAAAUUGGGAUUUUGUGGCGAAUGAACCCAAAGAUCCACAGGACGUAAAUGCUUACGUGAUGGAACUAGUAAAAAAAUUUAUUAGAAUAUUGCGGCAACGCACGAAAAAUACAGAUGACACUGAUGCGCUGGUUCCUUGA